CACGCGGCAUCCAAUCGGCCCUUUUCCAGAGGACCAAAUUCAGGCUCCACCCAUGCCUAUAAUAGCAGGCUGCAACUGAGCUCUCACUUCUCUUCCUUCUCCAGGCACUCAACAUCUGCCCCCUGCUUGCUUUCUUGAUCAACUUCCAACUUGAACUUUCAAGAUGGCAUGCCCCCUGGACCAAGCUAUCUGCCUCUUGGUUGCUACUUUUCACAAAUAUUCAGGCAAAGAGGGUGACAAGAACACUCUGAGCAAGAAGGAGUUGAAGGAACUGAUCCAGAAGGAGUUGACCAUUGGACCAAAACUGCAUGAAGAAGAGAUUCAAAACCUGAUGGCAGAUCUGGAUCGCAACAAAGAUAAGGAGGUGAACUUCCAGGAAUAUGUGACCUUUUUAGGCGCCUUGGCAAUGAUUUACAAUGAGGCUUUGUGUUCCUCAUCUUAAGUGAGCCCAACUGUACCAAGGGGGUGUGGCCUUGAUGAAAAGGAAGUGUCUCUGUAAGCAUUUUUGUGUCCAAUAAAAAUUGAAUUUUGUAAUGUU